CGCAUGCUCAGUCUGUGUGCUAGCAGAAUGGCGGUUUGUUGUGCGCAGUACUGACAGGUAGCUCUGCACCUCAUUUACAAUGGGGGUCAAAGACCGUCCCCAGUGCUACUUUGAUGUGGAAGUCAACAGGGAGCCAGUUGGCCGCAUUGUCUUUCAGCUUUUUUCUGAUAUUUGUCCCAAGACGAGUAAAAACUUCCUCUGUUUGUGCACUGGUGAAAAGGGGACUGGCAAAACAACAGGGAAGUACUUGUGUUAUAAAGGUUCUACAUUUCACCGAGUAGUAAAGAACUUCAUGAUCCAAGGUGGAGAUUUCACUGAAGGUAAUGGAAAAGGAGGAGAAUCAAUAUAUGGUGGUUACUUUGAAGAUGAGAAUUUUACUCUUAAACAUGACAGAGCAUUCCUCUUGUCUAUGGCCAACCGAGGCAAGGACACAAAUGGUUCGCAGUUUUUCAUUACCACAAAGACUGCCCCACAUCUUGAUGGAGUUCAUGUCGUCUUUGGUUUGGUCAUCUCCGGCUUUGAAGUGAUAAAGCAAAUCGAAUGUCUGAAGACAGACUCUGCCAGCAGACCCUAUGCUGACGUGAGGGUGAUCGAUUGUGGCCAGCUGAUUACGAAGUCAGCUAAUGAUGUACUUGGAAGCAAGAGAAAGUGGGCAUCUGUCUCAGCAGAUUCUUCCAUCAGCUCUUUGGAUUCCUCCUCUUCGUCUUCCUCUUCAUCCCAAGAGUCUGACAGUGAGUCAGAAGAGAGAUACAGGCCCCACAGACGAAGGAGGCUCACCAAGAAAAAGCACUCCAAGAAGAGGAGGAAAGAUGUGAAAAAGGAAAGCCUGCACAGAAGGCCAGCUUUGAGUCAAAGAAGUGUUCCAGAUGAAGAGUCUGCUGAUGAGGACAAAGACCAGUAUGUGAAAAGGGAGAAACCUCUGGUUCGGCCAGAGGAGAUCCCACCGGUUCCAGAAAACCGUUUCCUGCUUCGAAGGGACCCACCUGUCCCGGGAGAGAAGCCAGAAACAACUCCACAAGAUACCCCUUCAGUUUCAAGUGACCUUAAACCAGCAGUCACAAAAUCCGGGCGGAAAAUUAAAGGCCGAGGAAUAAUGAGAUACCAUACCCCUCCUCGGUCAAAGUCCCAUUCGAUGUCAGAGGAAGAUCGAGGGAGCAGUGACACACCACCUCACUGGAAAGAGGAAAUGCAGAGAACAAAAAUGUACCAGCCACCUAACAUAGAAAAGUGGAGCAAAGGGGAUAAAUUGAAUGACCGUUAUUCAAGCAGAUGGGACAAAAGAACUGUUUCUCCGUGGUCCAGGUCAUGGUCACAGGAAUACACUUCUGACCACAGCUCUGAGCAGUCCAGCCGGCACAGCCGACACAGGAAAGAAAGGAAGAAGUCUAGACACAAAAAGAAGUCCAAAAAACAGAAACAUUCAAAGCGGCACAAAGUCCAUAAGAAAAAAAAUAGAGAAUCCCCUCUUUCAGAAGGUGAGAGGUCAUACUCCUCAAAGCUAUCCAGCCAUUAUUCGUCAUCCACCUUCAGACAUUCCACCAAUAAAGAAUGGUCUGGUUCAGACAGGUGCCAUAAUUCAGUCCCUUCCUCUAGAAACUUACGGUACAGCACCAAAUCAAAAAGCCAGUCCUACUCUCCAAGUACUUCAAGGUCACGAGGGAGGUCAAGGUCCUCUCUAAGAACUGCAAGUCCAUCACAGUCCCAGGCAAGAUCCAGGUCACAGUCAAGACCAUGUAGAAGGAGCCUAAGAUCCCCUAGGAAAAAACAGCUUAAGGAGACUAGCAACCAAAAAGUAGACACUUCACUGGAGGUGGUAGUUAAAGAAGAAGGUAAACUCACUCUUGUAACUCCUGCUGAAAGUGUGUUACCUUUAAGUGAAAGUCCUCCACCUUCAAGAUGGAAACCAGGACAGAAGCCAUGGAAACCGUCCUAUGUGCGAAUCCAAGAAAUCAAAGCAAAGACUACUCCCAGCUCACAGACUAGUCAGACAGUCAGCAGUAUCACAGAGAAUAAACCCAAGUCCUUGCACCCAACCCAUCUCAACAACUCAGACAGUGAUACUAGCAUCAAUUCCCACCAUUAUAGUAUUAGGAGGCACAAAAAAGCAAGACAUUCACAAAGAAGCUCCUCAAGGAGCAGAUCCUACAGCAGAUCUUGUAGCCACUCUAGAUCAUUGUCCCCAUCAAAGAGUCAGUCCUCUUCAUAUAGCAGGUCAGAUUCCUAUGACUCUUACAGGGGACACAAGAUUAAAAGACAGACGGUCUCUGCUGUCAAGAAAGGGAAGGUUCACCAACGUACAAAAACAGACACCCAAGGUCUGGACAAAUAUUCAUCAAAGAGCAGUCCACAUCAGUUCAGGAAGCAGAAUCGCCUCUCACAUUCUGCUUCAGAACAUGCAACUGACAUCUUAGAAAACCCAGUUAAUAAGCAUGGACAGAAUUAUGUUGAUUCCAAACAGCUUAAAGCUAAACUAGAUUCCCUGUCAGAAACCCUUCACCCAAAAUCCAACAGAUCAAAGAAGCUUCUAAUUCUUAGGGAUAGUAGCAAGUUUAUAAAAAAUACAGAUGUGGAAUACCAAUUAACAGUUAAUCCAGGUGCUCAAGUUGAUCGGAAAACAAGUGGUGAGAUAGGGACAACUCUGAAUAUGUGGGACUCGGAAGAUGAUUCUGAAGAUGUUGCAGAAAAAAACAAGACACCCAAUUCUGGCAAAGAGGAGGGAGAGGCCAGCUCAGAAAGUGAAGGGCAUGUGUCUUUGUACAGUAAAAUGAGCAAAACUCCAGGAGAUGAUACGCCACAAGAGACAGAUAGGGAUCCGAAGAAGGGUUCUGCAUUUACUGAAAGCUACAGAAUAGGAUCUGAAGGUGAAAAACAAAAGCACAAGAUGAAGAAGGGCAAGCACAAGCACAAACACAAGAAGAGAAACUUGGAAAAGUUAAAGUCAAAGUCCAAACCUAAAAUGAAGAAGGCAAAGAAAAAACACCAGAGACCUAAGGAAAGAUUCCACUGGGAACCACCUCUUGAAUUUGGUGAGGAAGACGAGGAGUUUCUAAUUCAGGAAAAGCAUGCGGAACUGAAGAAAGGUCUUUCUCAUGCAGACACAGGAACAGCUCUUGAGUCCCAAAUUUCUGAAGAAGAAAUUAAAAUUGUAAAAAUACCCAAAAGUCACAAAUCACCUGAAGACAGCUGUAUACCACAAGCAACAGCAAGUCCAAAAACUGAACGUUCAGAAGAGACUGUUCGUAAAAUGAAUGAUAAUACUACUGAACUACCAAAGAAUCCAAACACAUUACAGCUGCACAAUUGUAUGGAGAUAUGCAGCCCUGAGCAUGACUUGCACGAAACAAACGCUGAGAAAGCGUGUCUUGGCGAUGUUUCUGAAACAUCACAAAAUGUGUCUCUGAUUGUUGAUCCGAUGGAAAAAGAUGUGAAGAAUGGUUCUUCUUUUCCAUCUUCGGUCACGGUGAAGCAUUCUCUGGCAGCGUUGUCUGUUUUAGUGCCGAGCUGUGGGCCAAGUGAGGAACUUCUUCCAAGUAAGACAUCAGGAAUGCCUGUCGAACCAAGGUGGAGGCCUCUGAAAGGCAUCUCUACCCUCCAGGCAACCAACCUGAACACUAUGGAAGGCAAAGGUACAGAUGCCUUAGAGCAUGGCGAAUCGAAAACCCAAGGCUUAAGAAUAGAAAUAAAAAGCACCAGUAGGGUCCGACCAGGAUCCUUGUUUGAUGAGGUUCGCAAGACUGCCCGGCUAAAUCAGCGUCCUAGGAACCAGGAGAGCUCCAGUGAUGAAAGAACUCCGUCAGUGGGGGACAAAGGGAGGUCACACAACCCAAGCAGCUCCAGGAGUAAGUCCUGCUCUGCCUCAAGCCGAAGAUUCCGAUCCAGAAGCAGGUCACCUUCCUACAGUCACUCUAGAAACUGGUCCAGGAGUUCCAGCUACUCCUACAGGAGCUAUAGCAGGAGUCGCAGUCGGAGGAGAUACAGCAGGAGACGAUCACGAACUCGUAGCAGCACAUACAACACCUACCAAAGUCACAGUCGGACCUACAGCAGGAGUUACUCCAGAAGCUGUUCUUAUGAUCGACACAGGAGGUCCAGGUCAGAGUCAUAUGACAGCUACUCAAGUCGGAGCUGGAGAAGGAGCAGGAGCAGUAGGCGAAGCGGCAGUUAUGGGAGUUCUAACUAUAGAUCCAGGUCAUACCGCUCUUAUACUCGAAGCAACCGCAGUUACUCGAGGCACCGGAGUCACAGUCGGAGCAGGUACAGCUGAUAAGUGGAGUUUAUCAACUGCUGAUCAAAGUUGACCAUUGAGACAGAGAAAUUUUUACUUCUAUUGCAAGAUUUUUAAAGUGUCACUUUGAAUUUUCUUACAUUCUGCCUUUGGCUUAAUGUUCUGAUUUUUGUAUAGAAAUGUUCCUCUAAUAUAUGUUAAAAUGAUUAUGUAUAUUUGUGUUUUCCUAAACUUUUGUUUUGUUGAGUAGUUUUAUUUUUAUUCUAAAAACUUACUUAUCCUCAUGCUACAACUAAAGUACUUCAGUAGCUGCAUCUUUACAUUGAUAUAUCACAGCAUAUUCAUGAUUCCAUUGUCAGGUUGCUGGUGAUUUUCUCAUUGGAAUCACUCAUAACAGUGUUUAUCAUUUAAGAUACUUCAGUCAAGCAAAGGAGGGAACUUGUACCUUUCUGAAUAAUGGAUAUGCUUAUAUAAAGGAAUUAUGUGGUGAUUGUAAGCUUUAGUUGCUGCUUGUGUUGCUUUACUAAACAGUUUUUUUUUUUUUUUACUCUUCUGAAUGUUAAGAAGUAUCAAGAUGUCUGUGUCUUGCAGUCUGUCUUCAGCAAUUACUUCAUGGAAAAGUCUAUACAAGCUCUUCUGC